UCUCUCUCUCUCUCAAAUUCACAAAAAAAUAAAAUACUAUUUUUAGAGAAAAUCCGUUAGUGGAAUCCGUAGAUCUAGCAAUACCCCUAAAUGCAUGUCCAUAGACAUUCGGAUCGAUCCAAAGGAGGAGAAAAAAUGGUGGCGAAAUCAGGAUCGAGAUGUUGUUGUUGCUGUUGGUUCAUCGGGAUCAUCGUGGUGGUCGCUGUAGUGCUCGCCAUCGUUUUCACCGUCAAGCAUAGAUCAAACCAUUCUGAUGAUAUCGCCCCUGGCUCCACUGAUAAGAAGUACGCUGAUGCUCUCAAGAUCGCCAUGCAGUUCUUUGAUAUCCAGAAAUCUGGUAAGCUGGAGAACAACAAAAUACCUUGGAGAGGAGAUUCAGGUCUUAAAGAUGGAAGUGAAGCGAGUCUUGACCUCUCCAAAGGUUUAUACGAUGCUGGAGAUCACAUGAAGUUUGGUUUCCCUAUGGCUUUCACUGCCACUCUUCUCUCCUGGUCCAUUCUCGAGUACGGCGACCACAUGAACCCCCUAGACCAACUUGAUCCUGCUAAAGACUCUCUCAGGUGGACCACUGAUUUCCUCAUCAAUGCUCAUCCUUCUCCAAACGUCCUCUAUAUCCAGGUGGGAGAUCCGGAGACGGAUCACAAGUGUUGGGAUAGGCCAGAAACAAUGUCAAGGAAUAGAACUCUCACCAAGAUUGAUGAAGAUACUCCAGGGACUGAGGUUGCUGCAGAGACAGCAGCAGCCAUGGCUGCAGCAUCUCUAGUCUUUAAAGAAACAGAUCCCAAAUAUUCAAGCACGCUUCUCAAACACGCCAAGCAGUUGUUCGAUUUUGCGGAUAACAAUAGAGGAUCUUACAGUGUCAACAUACCUGAGGUUCAGAGUUACUACAACUCCACGGGGUAUGGAGAUGAGCUUCUUUGGGCAGCUUCUUGGUUGUACCAUGCGACAGAGGACAAAGCAUACCUUGACUUUGUGUCUAAAAAUGGAGAUGAGUUUGGAAAUUUUGGAAGUCCCACAUGGUUUAGUUGGGACAAUAAGCUUCCAGGAACACAUGUUCUAUUAUCAAGAUUAACCUUCUUCAAGAAAGGACUAUCUGGGAACAACGGACUUCAAGGUUAUAAAGAAACAGCAGAAGCUGUCAUGUGUGGGCUCAUACCAGACUCCCCAACAGCUACUUCUAGUAGAACUGAUGGUGGUCUUAUAUGGGUUGCUGAAUGGAAUGCACUACAACAUCCUGUGUCCUCAGCAUUUUUAGCCACACUCUACAGUGACUACAUGCUCACAUCAGGUGUUGAUAAACUAUCCUGUGGUGACACAUCCUUCAAACCUUCAGAGCUCAGAAAAUUCGCCAGAUCUCAGGCUGAUUACAUGCUAGGGGAGAAUCCAGAGAAAAUGAGCUAUUUGGUGGGUUAUGGUGAGAGAUAUCCAGAGUUUGUGCAUCAUAGAGGAGCUUCUAUACCAGGUGAUGCAAACACAGGGUGCAAAGAUGGAUUCAAGUGGCUUAAUUCAGACGAAUCAAACCCUAACGUGGCUUAUGGUGCACUUGUUGGUGGACCGUUUUUGAAUGAGACGUUUAUUGAUGCAAGGAACAAUUCAAUGCAAAAUGAGCCGAGUACUUAUAACAGUGCUCUUGUGGUUGGUCUUUUGUCUAGUUUGGUUACUAGGUCUACAUCGGUAGAAUCUUUUCUAUGAGAUCUUUAUUUGAAGUAACUUUUAAAUUAGAAUCACACGUAACAGACCU